AUGAACAUGGACCACUCGAGCCAUUCGACCAUGUCUUCCUCUUCAUCAAUGACCAUGACUAUGGUCUUCACCAACAGUCAUGACACUCCACUGUUCUCCUCAGCAUGGACACCGUCCUCCAGCGGUGCUUAUGCAGGAACCUGCAUCUUCCUAGUCGUCCUGGCUAUCAUCAAUCGCUGCUUAGUCGCUUUCAAAGCCUCCAUGGAACACUACUGGUUUGCGACUCAUCUCAAUCGCCGUUACAUCGCCAUAGCGGGGAAAUCAUCUGAAGCCGGUCGUAUCGACACAGACCCUGACGCGAAGGUUGCUUCUUUGGUAACUGCUCAAGGCGUGGAAGAAUCAGUAAAGGUUGUGCGACGAGUUUCGCGAGAGCCUAUCCCCUGGAGAUUCAGUGUCGACCUUCCACGGGCAGCUAUAUUCCUGUGUAUUACAGGCGUGUCCUACCUACUCAUGUUAGCCGUGAUGACAAUGAAUGUGGGUUAUUUCUGCUCCGUUCUUGCUGGUGCUUUCCUCGGAGAGCUGGCGGUGGGACGGUACAUCCAAUGGAACGAACACGAUCACUAG